CAUUCGGAAAGUUUAUUUCAGCAUUUAUGUUACCUUACUUCUUUAAAAGAUUUUCUGCUCUUUGAUUAAUUAAAAGAAAAUUGUAUUUACUUAUUCCAUAAAGCAAAUUUUGAGAGAAGCAAUUAUUGGAAUUUGGUAUAUAUUGAAAUAAUAGUAAUAUGAAUUAGACUUGUUUUAAACAUCAUUUCUUUAAUUACACAUAAAUUGACUAAGGAAAGAUGAAGUUUGAUGACGUUUUGGUCAAGAUUGGCGAGUUUGGAACUUACCAGAAGCGAAUUUACUUCCUAUUGUGUUUGCCCGCAAUUAAUUCCGGGAUUUUUAUGGUCAUCUCAGUUUUUAUUCUUGGCGUUCCAAAUCACAGAUGUGCUAUACCAGGCUAUGACAACGACACGUACGAGGUACAAAAUCACUACCAUCAGAUGUUAAUCAACAAAACUAUACCACCCCCUACCGACGAAAAAUUCUUGUAUCACGAAUGUCACCUCUAUGUGAACAGAUCUGGUUCAUAUGAUACCAACAACAAACCAAUAAAUGCAACCGAAGAAACGUGUUCUAAAUGGGUAUACGAUAAAACUGACUUUGAAUCUACAUUUACAUCUGAGAAAGACCUGGUAUGUGGUGAUGAUAACCUACCUUCUGUUGCUAAGAUGUUGUUUUUCGGAGGUGUUUUGGUUGGCGCAUUUGUGUUUGGUGUCAUAUCAGAUGUAAUUGGCCGAAAGAAAACUUUGUUAAUCUCAUUUGUCAUAAACAUCGGAACAAGUAUUGGUCUAGCAUGGGCAGAUUCUUACAUCGUGUUUGUUGUAUUACGAUUUUUGAUUGGCGCAGCGAAUGCCGGGAUUUUUUUGACAGGAUUUGUCAUUGGUAUGGAACUUGUUGGUCCUUCUAAAAGAAUGUGGGCUGGUGUGGUAGUCGAAUACUUCUUCGCGAUUGGUUUAUUGAUAUUAGCGGGCGUGGCAUACCUAUUACGUGACUGGAAAUACAUAGAGAUGGCGGUGGCUUUCCCAAAUAUACUCUACCUGUCCUAUUAUUGGAUCGUACCUGAGUCUCCCAGGUGGCUAUUGUCACAAGGAAGAUUUGUAGAGGCCGAGGAAAUCAUGCGGAAAGCAGCAGAAGUCAACAAGGCUUCUCUACCAGACAAAAUAUUUGACAAGGACUCAAUAGAUCUGACUGCCCCUAAAGGAAAAUUAUGGCAUUUAUUCAGUACCAGAGUGAUGUUUAUAAGGACACUUGUUAUCUUCUUCAACUGGAUGGUUGUCAGUAUGGUGUACUAUGGGCUGUCACUGAAUACCGGCAACUUAGGAGGCAAUUUUUAUUUGAAUUUUACCAUUUCCGGACUCGUCGAAUUCCCCGCGUACACUCUUUGCAUAUUACUUUUGGACAGAAUCGGAAGGAAAUGGCUUCACUUUAUUGCUAUGGUAGCAGGGGGCGUAGCUUGUGUUAGUACAGUGUUCACAACAAUAUAUGGCGGUGAAAGUUUACAUGCUGUCACCGUGACUCUAGCUAUGAUUGGGAAGCUUGGUGCUGCAGCAGCGUUUGCAGUUAUUUACAUAUUUUCUGCUGAACUGUAUCCUACAGUGGUAAGGAACGCUGGCAUGGGAGCGAGCUCGUGCUGUGCACGUGUUGGGGGUAUCCUCGCACCGUAUGUAGCUGAUAUGAAUAAAGUAGUAUCCGGUGAUUUUGGACGUGCGUUACCGUUGGUGAUAUUUGGUGCAGCAAGUAUAGCGGCAGGUGUUCUGGCGUUAGCACUUCCGGAAACUCUUCAUAAAGAACUUCCGGAAUCGAUUGUAGACGCUGAACACUUCGGAAAGAAAGCUAUAAAGGAAAAAGAAAAGGAAGUUUAUGUUAAUGAAGCAUACGAUCAAGAUAUUAAUUUAAGUGAUGAGACAAAAUCCUCUAUAAAAUCAAAUGGACAUGAGAAUACGGUGACCGAAACUUCAGCACAGAACGGAUAUGGGGAUACCAAAAUGUAAUCCAUAAAACUGCAGUAUUGCUGUGUUUUAAAUUUGUAAUCAGAUUGUAGCGACGUGCAUACGAAAUACUUUUAAAGUAUAGGUACAGAAGAAUAUCAUUGUAUAUGUAGUAUAUUAUUUAGAUGUUCCUUUAAUAAUGCAUGCAUGUAUACUUUUGUGACGGUAAUAUCCGAGUAUACUCGUCGUUUAUAACUUUAUACCACUAUAUAUAAUCUAUAUGUCUCAAAGAAUUAUUUCAUCUUUUUUCAUUUUUUGAUAUUUGUCAACAAUUGUAUGACAUUUAUUUUCCUGGUUGUCACUUCGCAUGGACAGUAAAAAUGCAUAAAAUACUGCUGCAUUCUCCGUGGAUAUUUUGUUUUGCACUUUAACCAUAAAUUUAUAGCUAAUGUACAUCGCGUUGAACAAUACACAUAAAUAUGAUCUCAGAAAAACUGACACGUCUUGAAUACCUCAUUAUAUAUAGAAUGGUUAAAAUUGUUCAUCUGCUUUGGUGAAUUAUACCAACAUUUGUACAUUCUAAUACAUAUGUAAAUCUGAUUACAUAGUAAAGGUGGACUUCCUAUCAUCGAUCCAUUUAAAAUGUGACCAAUACAUUAACCCACAUUAAGCUUUGACAUUUAAUGGUUCAUGUAAGCAAUCGCAUUAUACAUAAAUACAUAAAUUCUCUGUUCCAGAUAUUGAACCAUUGAACCUCUGUUUACAUGUAACAUAGUUAAGGCUUUCUUAUUACAUAUUAUUUACCAAAACAUUCGAGUCUGAUCAACCAGACGUCGUCAAACAAUAUUCAAACAUUUAGUGGUAAAAAUCUGAACACAUUUAAGUUUUGAUAAUUUUAUUUUAUUAUUUUCUCAUUUUUUUAUGUUUUAACAAAUAAAGCAGUCCUAAAUUCCAUACACUAUAUGUAACUGUGACAUGACAUCAGUCAAACCUGGGCAUGAAACCCAUGAGAUCAUCACUUUAUCAUAAUUGAGCCGCGUCAUGACAAAACCAACAUAAUGGGUUUGCGACCAGCAUGGAUCCAGACCAGCCUGCGCAUCCGCGCAGUCUGAUCAGGAUCCAUGCUGUUCGCUUACAGACCCUAUAACAAGUAAAGAAACUGAUAGCGAACAGCAUGGAUCCUGAUCAGACUGCGCGGAGGCGCAGGCUGGUCUGGAUCCAAGCUGGUCGCUAACACAUUACGUUGGUUUUGUCAUGACGCGGCUCAAUUAUUGUUGUUAUUCUUGAUUAUAUUAAAUUAAAUCUGUCAAAAUGUUGUAAUAACCAUAAAAAUGCGAAUUGGUUGGCGUAUGGCUAUGAACUUUUGGUGCUAGUUUAAAAUGUAUAACUUGUAUAACAAAGUUGUAAUAUAUAGUUAAAAAAAUUAGAAGAUAAUUUUAAAUUCAAAGCUUGGUAAAUCUACUUUUUGUAAACAAAAAAUUAAAAGACAAAAACCAAACGUAUCUACGUUAGAGGAAAUAAAUCUAGCUAUGAAACAAUUUUAGCACUUCAAAAUGUAUUUAAAUGAAAAAUUUAACACUCGAAUAUGAAUUGUGACACCAAACGAUAACAAGUAAUUCAAUAACAAUUAAAUUCAACACAUCUACAUUUAUAUUCAACUUUUCUCUUUUAAACAAUUUCCAUUUAAAUACGUUAAUAUCAUAUUUGCGUACAUAUGAGACGUAUUAAAAAUUUUCUCAGUGAUAUCAACUACUAAAACCCUACCAAACUUCCUCACACAUAUUCAGCUUUUACAUUCAACUUUUCAGCCAUAAUUAUAAGAAACUACAUUGCCGCCUUUAGUUUCGGGUAUCAAUACUUGCUCAUAGAUUUCAUAUCUAUAUUUAACUUGUUGAAUGAUGUAGUAUAUUUCCAUUUUUAAUUUACAAGUUCCAAACUUGCUAAUAAAGUACCACAUCGCAUUCAAUCUAUACUUUCUAAGUUUCUCCCUUGCUCAUAUAAUACCACAUUUACCACAUUGUAUUCCAUUAAUACUUUUAUAGUCCCACACUUGCGCACAUAUUACCACAUUGUUUUCUUUCCAUUAUUCCAACUUUGCGUGAUCCACAAUGUAAUGCCACAUUGUAUUCCAUUUAUACUUUCUUAAUUCAACAUUUAUUCAUGUCAUACCACAUUGAAUUCUUUCUGAAUGGACCGGUCGAUUUCUUCAUACGUUCCUUAUUUUUCACGAUUUACGCUUUUCUUCAAUACUACACUCGAACACUCGAACCCAUAUAUGCACGUUAAAGUCCACAC